CACGUUGGUUGUUUAAAUGCAUGGUGCUUAUUUAUUGCUUUUUGGCAAAUCUUGACGCUAUUUUAUAGCUUAUUUGGUGAUGGUGUCGAGUGUACAUCUAACAACUGUAGCAUUCCUCAAUUCCACAGCUCUUAUCGCCUAUAGUAACAGCGGCAGCAAGAAAUUAUCGUAUUUUGAAUACCCGAUCGAAGUACACGCACCUAUCCAUACGUUAAAAUAUUUUAAUCGCACGUCAAAAUGAAGCGAAAUGUCAAAAAAAGAAAAAAUUGCAAAAAGUGCUACUUUAAAAUAAAUGAAACCGAUAAAAAUGCAUCCCUGCCUCCGUACUCCACAAAAAUAUACCGUUCUGAAAAAUUCUUAUAAAGGAGUAUAAAUUGAAAAAUUUUUGUUCACCCCGCAUGGAUUGCCGGCUUUUUAGUUUGUUCAUGAUAUCAUUUUUCCUAUACGCGUCAAUCUACGCCGUCCAUAACUUUAUGUUCCAAAUAGUAAAGGAGACCGGAGUCGUCGACAAGAAGAAGUACUGCCUACUCCAGCUGCUUUACAUAUUUAAAUUUGCUGGUGUCGUUAUUUUUUGCAAUCUCGGCGAUAGAAAGGGAAUUCACAGGUACAUAUUGGCUGUCAACGUUAUUUUGUAUUCUUUCUCCAUGCUUGCUUUGUACAACCUGAGCUCAAUUGAAAGUUUGGGUUUGAGAAAGAUUAUGGUUAUAGUGACGAUCGUGUCGAGCUAUAUCUUCAUCAGCGGCACAUUUCCGCUUUUAGACUCACUGAUAUACAAUUAUUUGGAGCAUAAAGGAAUGGACGUGAGGCAAUCCGGCCGAGUUCGUAUGGGAGGAGCAUUAGGGAACAUGUUUGUCCAAGUCGUGUGCUCGAUGCUGCAGAAGUUCUUCAAGAAUAAACUAAAAGGUGAAGGGAUGGUGAAUCGCGAGAAUAUGGUCAAUAUCGGCUGUAAUUUAUUUUUUAGUGCUGGAACAGCACUCAUUGCUUUGCUGUUUGCACCAAAUUACGUUCUCGGUGAAAAAAUUGUCAGCAAACCAAAGAAGUCGUGGAACGUAAAGAAAAUGUUCAGUGACUUGAUGUCACUGUUCACUCCGCUCUUCGUGCUUUACACAGUGGCAGUGUUGGGCCAGGGAGUAGACAGAGCUGGUAUAUCGACUUUCCUGUCCAAAUACCUGGAUACCAAUGGAAUUGACAGGUCCUUUGUACAUCUCUUGUUUUUCUUUAGAUGCAUUCCAGAGAUACUUAUUUACGGGCUAUCACAGCAAAUAGAGAGUGUCCUUGGCAUGAAUGUGAUGUUUCUAUGUUCAGUCAUCGUAUCUACGUUUCGAUCGUUCUUCUACGCAUCGUAUGACUUUGGUGGUUCCAAAAGGACAGUGAUGACGAUCACCGUUAUAGCAGAGAUUUUCAAAGGUUUGUAUUCAUCAUUCUUCAACUAUUGUGGAUUAAGGAUAUUUAGGUCAUUUGCUGCAGACGACACGCUCUCCUUGGCACAGGGUGUUUUCAAUGGCACAUAUAACGCUCUUUCGUAUUUUACUUUUGCAUUUCUGGGUUAUUUCCUAGUUGAUUAUGAAAAGGCCGGUUUGCAGGACGGUGACGAUGAUAUUCGAAGCCUAUUCUUUGUUGUUGCCUGCAUAUCAUGCAUCUCAAUCAUUGCUCCGAUCGUAGCUAUCGCAAAACGCCGCGUAAACCGAAAGAAGGUCUAUAAAAGCAGUGAAGUACAAUCCGAAUCCACAGAAGUCCAGUAAUUGCGUCAUACUAAGGGAUUUUUAUGAUUAAAAAUCUUACGUGAUUUUCUUAACUUUCAACGGUCCACGGUUUCUAUGUUAUACCUGUUUUGAGCAACUUUUUGAUCGUGUUUAUGUGGCGUUUUGAGCGUUAAUGGCUUUUUACCGUAUGACAUCGGCACUGUAAUAUGAAUAUUUGAAAGAAUACUGCGAUAAAUCAGCUGUUGUUUGUAGGCAUCCGCGGUGUUGCACUUAUUUAUUGUUGGCGUAAGCUGUGAUGGUGUGCACUGUUUGAGUAUCAUGGUCUGUUUAUUCCUGGCUUACUGCAAGUUGAGAAGCUAGUUUUGGCGUGUUAGCGUCAUUGCAGUAACAUGACACGUGUUUUUUUGUUAUUUAUGAAUACCUAGGUUUUUGUAAGCUAAGCUCUAUUGUAUCAACUGUCGUUCAAUAGAUGGAAAAAUGUUUAAAUAUGUUCUUACAGAGAUGUGGAUGGUAUAUAAAUUGGUUAUUGCGCAAAUAGACAUGUCUUGUUGUGCAGGGUGAGUUUACCGUUUAUAAACUGUAGUAGAAUGAGAUCACCGGAUGGGUAGUCUCCCAAUAGAGCAAACGUCGAUUUGUAUGGAACUGCGAUCGGUUGUUGUUAUUGUCGUGGUGGAAGAUAUUUCAGGUAUUGCUGAAGCGUGAGAAAUGUCCCAUAGGUGCUGCCAAGUUUUGUAGGCAGUGUCGGUUGAUGAGAUGCUUCCGUCCAACGCAUUUUGUUGUUAUGAAUUGCUGAUUAUGAGGGUAAUUCUAGGAAUUAAACACUUGAUGAAAUUCAUGGCAUA